AUGUAUGUAAAUGUCAUAGAUAGUGGAAGUUUGCCUGCAUUUUUUGAAAAAGUAUAUGAUCGCAAGACAUUUGGAAAAAAUAUAGUGCACCUCAAUGUUUUUCCCAAACAAGUUGUUUCUCUGAAUGUCCAAGAUGUUAUUGUGAAGGUGGUAGAUGUUGGCAACCAAUUUAAAAGUGAGCAAGAGUUUGAAUCUCGUGAUCAAAUGUUUCAAUGGAUUCGUAUGGAGGCCUCCAAACUUGGAUUUAGUGUGGUUAUCAGAAGGUCCGAUAAUGGUUCAGAUAGAAUAUGCGCUUUUGUGACAAUGAUGUGCGAAAGAAGAGGGAAAUAUAAACCUCAUCUCCGAAAUUUUAAAAGAUAUGAUACAAAUUUAAGAAAAUGUAAGUGUCCCUUUAAGAUGUGUGGUUACCUGUUGAAAAAUAUAAUUGCAACAUUGAAACGAAAAAGACCCGAAAAUAUAUCAAAUAUCAAGCAAGUGUAUAACAUUCGGUACCAAACUAACAAGGCGCUUAAGGGGGAUAGAUCUGAAAUGCAACAACUCUUGAAAUUGUUGGAUUAUAACAGUUACAUGUCUAGGUAUCUAACAUGCUAUGAUGGAGUUACAGUUAGAGAUAUAUUUUGGACUCAUCCUGAUUCCAUAAAGUUAUUCAACAUAUUUCCUACUGUGCUCAUACUUAACUCAACCUACAAGACCAACAAAUAUAGACUUCCAUUAUUGGAGAUGGUUGGUGCCACCUGA